AUGGAAUUUGCUUGAUAUGAAUUUUUUCUGUUGUUUCCUUUCAGUCUUGAUGAACAACUGGAAUCUAUAAGGGAAUCUCUCGAUGAAAGUAGAUCGUCAAUGCUUUCAUCAUUCUUGGAGUCCAAAAAGGGAUUGGCUAUGUUGGAUGAAAAACAUAAUGUUUCAGAGACUGAAAGGACUGAAUUUCUAGUCAGGACAAUAAACUCUCUGAAUGCUCUUCGUGAAGUAAUUGUCAAGGGUCUUGAAAGUGGCCUCCGUAAUGAUGCUCCGGAUGCUGCAAUAGCUAUGCGGCAAAAGUGGCGUCUCUGCGAGAUUGGGCUCGAAGACUAUGCGUUUGUCCUUUUGAGCAGGUUUGUCAAUGCAGUUGAAGCUCGGGGAGGAGCUGAUUCACUUGCAGAUAAUGUAGCGCAGAAAAAUGUUAGCUCUUGGAAUGAUCCAAUUGGAGCACUUAAUGUUGGAAUCCAACAACUAGGUCUAUCUGGUUGGAAACCUGAGGAAUGCAAAGCUGUUGGAAAUGAGCUUUUGUCAUGGAAAAAGAGGGGACUUUCAGAAACCGAAGGCAGUGAAGAUGGUAAAACUAUAUGGGCAUUGAGACUAAAAGCUACUCUUGAUAGAAGUCGGAGGUUAACUGAGGAGUAUUCCGAGACACUUCUCCAAAUAUUCCCUGAAAAAGUCCAGAUUUUAGGGAAAUCUUUGGCGAUUCCUGAAAAUAGCGUGAGAACAUUUACUGAAGCUGAAAUUCGAGCAGGUGUGGUUUUUCAGGUUUCAAAGCUUGCUACACUACUUUUGAAGGCUACUAGAAGGACAAUUGGGUCUUCGGGCUGGGAUGUUCUCGUUCCAGGGGAUGCUUUUGGACAGCUAAUACAGGUGGAUAGAAUUGUCCCAGGGACUCUACCAUCAUCGGCAACCGGACCUGUUAUUCUUGUAGUGAACAAAGCUGAUGGAGAUGAAGAGGUGACAGCAGCAGGAAGUAACAUAUCUGGGGUCGUACUUCUACAGGAGCUACCUCAUUUAUCUCAUCUAGGUGUUAGGGCGCGACAGGAAAAGGUAGUUUUUGUGACCUGCGACGAUGAUGACAAAGUUUCUGAUAUAAGAGAACUAACUGGAAAAUAUGUGAGGUUAGAGGCAUCAUCAACUGGUGUAAAGUUAACUUCCUCUUCAUCAGAGAAAGGCACUGGUGUUUCCCAAAAUAAACAUCUCUCAGUUACUGCUUCAUCUACAAGUGCAGCCUCAUCGGACAGUAGUGCUUCCUCAAUUGCUGUCAAAUCUUCUCAUUUUAAAGAGGUAAAUAACUUUUCUUGCCGAUGACAUGUUUCUGUAAAUAUGUCGGGCCGUAGUUCUG